GAGCACUCCGCACGUGCCUUUAAAUGCGAAGGGGCAAAUGAAUUCAGUGUCAGUGGGAGCAGCUCCUCAAGGGGAAGCAGUGAUAUUUCAAAGGUGGAAUUGAAAGAGCUGUAAAUCUAUUUCCUGACUCCGGCUUGACGGUCAUUUCUGAAUCACUGGACUGUUGCUAUCAAAGUGUGGAGCAGGGAGGCAGAGUCAGUGGAGUUCCCUCCUCGAGCUAAAUUCAGAGUUAUUGGAUGGGAUCAACAUGAGCAGCAUUAUGGAUGGAUUUAUGUCAUUCUGUUGAGAUAUUUAUAUACUCUGUGUAGGGUUGCUCAGCAGAUGUGUCCUGUCAUGUCCUGGCUGCUCUGCCUGUGCCUCUGGGUCAGUGUGACUGCCAUUCAGCUGUGCGAGGCCACUUUCUACGACACCAUCCAACAGCAUCAUGGGACGAGGCCUGGACGAACCACCAUCCACAUGAUCGAGGGGGGCACAUGUGAAGUAAUCGCUGCUCACCGAUGCUGUAAUAAGAAUCGCAUUGAGGAGCGGUCACAGACGGUCAAGUGUUCUUGUCUGCCGGGGAAGGUGGCUGGAACCACCAGAAACAGACCUUCAUGCGUCGACGCAUCCAUAGUAAUUGGGAAGUGGUGGUGUGAGAUGGAGCCUUGCCUGGAGGGGGAGGAAUGCAAGACGCUCCCUGACAACUCAGGCUGGAUGUGUUACGCCGGCAACAAGAUCAAAACCACAAGGAACACUCAGCCAUACACAACAUCAACAUAUUAACACUUUGAGAAAAGGACGCAAGGGAACGCCUCUGGCGGAAAGGUUAAUCUGCAGCACUGUCACAGGACCAAUUAUUACAAAGACAAUGAACCUAUUGUUGCUUUAAGAAAUGUGAACACUUCUCAGAUUAAAGUGUAAAAAGAUGUAGAAUACAUAAAGCACAUCCGGCUCAAGGCUACUGAAAAUACUGACGCUCUGAGAUGCCUGCGGGGAACUUCAUCAUAACCUUGUAAUGAAUACAUUUUCAUCGUUUCUUUACAACUCUGAAAUGGAUCGUCAAUGUCUGUGCAUUUGGAUUAACAUCUGACGUCCCUCCUCAGACAUCAGUAAGACAGAUGUUCACUACGCAGCGCCCAACAGGAGAGGAAUACAUCAAAGGACAUGGGAAGAGCAAGUACAGUAGUUGACAGCCCUCAGGUUUUUCUUUUCUUAAUAUUGUCAGAGGAAAAAUAUUGUACAUAAAUUGUUUGUCCUUCUCUUGUGUACAUGAACUUUAUUUAUGGUGGUGAAAAACGAUCAUUCGAGUCCCUGAAUGCAGUCUUUCCUCUUGUUUCCCACAAAGCCCAACACAGCCAAAGUUUGAUGAGUUCAAGGACAUAAUGUGAAGAUACAACAGAUGCAUUGAGAGGGAGACGUUUUACAAAUACAGCUUGUGUGUCUUGAUACUGUACAUUUUACCAUUUUGUUUGUAUGGUACGUGUAUGCCUUUCGUCACCUCUUAAAUGGCUUUAACAGUCAAACUUGGUAACAUGUCAGCUACCCUGAAACUGAUCGAUUCACCAAAAAUGUGAUACCAGUAGGUUGUUUUCGAUACUUGAAAUGCCUUAUUUGUGUCAAAUCAUUCAGAUGAUGAUAUUGUACAUAUGAAGCCAUCUAUUGAUAUGUGCUGAAGUUUCAUUAAAGUCAUUGUUCCUGUAACUGAUGGGAGCGCAUCCUUGCCACUGCCCUCAAAACCCAGUCAUGGUUUGGUUAGGUUUAGGCAACAAAACUGCUUGGUUAGGUUUAGUAAAAAAAUCAUGGUUUGAAUUGGUAUAUUUGUUAUCAAAAUAUAUCAAAUACCAAAAAAUAACGUUGACAUUUGGUUUCACACGGGACGCAAAAAUCCUGUGCUUGUUUGACCCCAACCCACACCUUACACGGACUUUGUCGCUCUUUAUAAUAUGUUAGCUGACUUUCUCCUUUACUCCAUCAUAAUAUUUACUACGGCCACUAGAGAAGAAACACUAACGUAAAUAGAGGUCGUAAUUAGAUUAUUGCACAGAUGAGCUAUAUGGACGUUGUUUUUUUUGAGUCAUGACGAUCUGGGUAUGAGCGUGGAAUCAAUCUUCUCAU